AAUCAUCAGUUAGCCUGCUUCUAGCUGCUUGUAGCCGAGGUGUUAUGAGCGUAGUGGCUAAAAUCAGUAGAUUGUUUUACUUUCGAUAGGUGGAACGAUGACCCUCUAACACCAAGAAUGGACAUAAGUUAACAAUGACGGGGGAGAAAAAGAAGAAAAAGCGGCUGAACCGCAGCAUUCUUCUUGCAAAGAAAAUUAUAAUAAAAGAUGGAGGAAGUCCUCAGGGAAUCGGUGAGCCAAGUGUUUACCAUGCUGUGGUGGUCAUCUUCCUGGAGUUCUUUGCAUGGGGUCUCCUUACAACCCCGAUGCUCACGGUAUUACACCAAACAUUCCCCCAGCACACAUUCCUGAUGAAUGGGCUAAUCCAUGGUGUCAAGGGCCUAUUAUCAUUUCUAAGUGCUCCGCUGAUCGGAGCAUUGUCAGAUGUAUGGGGACGAAAGUCCUUCUUGCUGCUAACAGUCUUUUUCACAUGUGCGCCCAUUCCACUGAUGAAGAUCAGCCCAUGGUGGUACUUUGCCGUCAUCUCCAUGUCUGGCGUCUUUGCCGUCACCUUCUCUGUGAUCUUUGCUUAUGUGGCCGAUAUCACACAGGAGCAUGAGAGGAGCACAGCAUACGGUUUGGUAUCCGCUACCUUUGCAGCCAGCCUGGUCACCAGCCCGGCCAUUGGAGCGUACCUGUCUGUGGCUUAUGGGGACACUUUGGUGGUAAUCCUGGCCACAGCCAUCGCCCUACUCGACAUCUGCUUCAUCCUGGUGGCAGUACCGGAGUCACUACCGGAGAAGAUGAGGCCGGCGUCGUGGGGGGCACCCAUCUCAUGGGAGCAGGCAGACCCCUUUGCUUCUUUACGAAAGGUGGGCCAGGACUCAACAGUACUUCUCAUCUGUAUCACAGUGUUUCUCUCCUACCUCCCAGAGGCCGGACAGUACUCCAGUUUCUUCCUCUAUCUUAAACAGGUCAUAGGCUUCUCAUCAGAGACAGUGGCUGCCUUCAUCGCUGUGGUGGGAAUCCUCUCUAUACUAGCUCAGACGGUGGUGUUGGGGAUCCUGAUGCGGUCAAUAGGGAACAAAAACACAAUCCUGCUCGGCCUCGGCUUCCAGAUCCUCCAGCUGGCGUGGUACGGCUUCGGCUCCCAGCCCUGGAUGAUGUGGGCUGCUGGAGCCGUUGCAGCCAUGUCCAGCAUCACUUUCCCUGCUAUCAGCGCCAUCGUUUCCCGUAACGCAGACCCAGACCAACAAGGUGUUGUUCAGGGGAUGAUUACUGGAAUUCGGGGCCUCUGUAACGGGUUGGGCCCUGCUCUUUAUGGUUUUGUUUUUUACCUGUUCCACGUGGAGCUGACUGACACUGACGGCUCUGAAAAGGGUGCCAAACCAAACAUGGCCAACCCCACUGAUGAGAGUGCUAUCAUCCCUGGUCCUCCCUUCCUAUUUGGAGCAUGCUCAGUGUUGCUGUCUCUGCUGGUGGCGCUGUUCAUCCCAGAGCACACGGGGCCCGGCAUGCGGCCCGGCGCCUACAAGAAGCACAGCAACGGGGCACAGAGUCACUCCCACAGCCCUCAAGGCAGCGGGGCUGAGGGCAAGGAGCCGCUGCUGGAGGACAGCAGCGUAUAACCUCAGCUAAGGGGGGCAGACACUUUUGCUCCAACCUUCUGCACACACGGACAGACAGACACAUUUUGGACACACUCUGGCCUCUGGCACACAUCAGACUGCAAUGCCAUGAAGAGGCGUUUGUGUCCACAGCACAAAAGUGGCCACUCCCUUCUUAGCAGCCCUUCUCUUUGUUUAAAGCAGGGUAAUGUGUGAACUCUCUGAAGACCCUGUAUGAAGAGAGCGUUUGAGUGUUUUCGGGCUGCAGUGGAGAGGUGUGUGUGGCUUGGCUGAGCUGGACUCUAAUCUUUGGUUUCUAUAAAGCAGUAACAGAGUGGAGUAACAACAGCUCGCCCCCCACCUGGUGUUAAAAAGAACAAAAGUGGUUUGGUUUAGAGUGUGAGUGGGGUUUAUCUCAAAUGUUACUAAAUCCCUGUGUGAUUCUUCAUAUUCCUCAGUAGCCGCUGGAGUGGCAGCUGGUUCAGUUUAAGAGUGAACCAAACAGACAGCUGCUCACUUCUUUAAUGGUCUGUCACAAGCUAACUAUUGUCCAGAUGCUUGUCGCUGCUACCGCAGCUCUGUCAAAGCAUCGAAGAAGGGAACAGCUCCUCUUCUGUUUGCUCAGUGAGGAUGCACGGUAACUGUAGACCUGUGAGGGAGACCAAUGUCAAAGAGGCGCUGCCUAACCCGGGUUAGGAUGGGUAAACCACAUCUAAGAGGCUUGGUGUGACCACAUUUCGUUCACACUUCUCACACAGAGAAGUGUGCAGAGAGACCACUUUAUUAGCAGAAACUGUUUUUCAAUGUUUACUUGCCAUUCUCUAGAGUAGUACAGUUUGGGUUGUAUAUUUUUCUCUGUUCAAACUGAAGGCUAGUUGUGCUUCAAGUUCUUAUUCAAGAAACAAACGUUGCCUCCAAGUGACUUAAUAUAUAUAUGAAAAUGUAUAUAUAUUAAUUACGUAACCUGUAUGAAGACCGAGGUCUGAGAAGGCUCUGUAAUCUUACGCUAUCGCUCCCAUCGGAGCUGUUACACACUUUGAAUUCCCUUUGUUUUCACGCCCUUCCUGUUGCUUUGUUUCCUGACAUCGAUCACCAUCCAGGUUAAGGCUCACAGAACCAUGGUUUUAUUUUGAAAAGCCUCCGAACUAUUAUUUAAAGCUUAGAGUGUCGCUAUCAGCAGAUCAGUGUCUGCACUGUCUCAGAAAAGAGUUUUUGAAUUAAUAUCAUGAGGUUAUCUCUUAUGCUGCUGCAGAGGAUAACUCAAAGUUUAUUAUAACAUGAUGGUUAAAGAUUUCUACAGUGAUAACUAAAUAUGAACUAUCGAAUAGUUUUACAGAAUCCUUAAAGUUUAUGAAAUAUGUUUAUCACUUCAUUCACUUUUCAUGCACAGCAGAUUCUACACCAAUAGAGCCAUUACAGAGCUCUGUGUGAGUCAGUUUGCGCCACCUACGGGAAGAGAAAGUAGUUGCAACAGCAGAAAAAACUCAUGUCGCCUCCCACAGGCCAAAGAGGGAAAAAUCAAAUUUUAUUAUGCAUUACCUACAGUUUACACAUACAGCAGCUGUGCUGCAAUCUGCCAGCGAAUAGUACUGCAACGCAAAUCACUCCCUCUCUGGUCAAACAGAGCAGUUCCACUGCCUGUGCUCUGGUCCAGCUCCAGCACAUCCCUGAAGUGCCACUCUGCUCGCAGGUCUUAUUUUGGUGCAGGUCGCUGCCAAACUACGUCAGUCCACAUGGGGCAGCUUGAUCCAAACAGCAGAAAAGAUGUGCAAAGCAUCUGGUCAACUUCAAAAUACAACUAUUAUGGACACCUGAUCGUAAAUCAUCACUAUAUCAACAUGACAGCUCAUCCUGCACGUGCAGAAGGUCAUCAGGAGGUCAGUGGGUCACAGAGCUUUAACAGUGCCAUUGAUGAGGAAAAGUUUACUUUUGAUGUGAAGAAACAGAAUUUUGCAUGAAACCACAGAUUCUUUAAAGCAAACAUUAACCUUUAAACCUCAUAAAGUGCACACCUGUGGCAGGAGAUAAAAAAUCAUGGAAUCAUGUUGAAAUGAACGGCAAAUCACCUCAAUAAACUAAAUUUGCUGUUGACAUACCAGUCCUGCAUGUCUCCUGCAUGGGCUGAUCAGGGCUGUGCUGUGUUGUUCUAGACACGCUUCCAGUGUGCGAGGUCGCUCGCCUUCCAUUGGAGCAAAACCGUAGCGCUGCAGAGUGCAGCCGGUGUAUGUGGAAAUUGCUGCUUAGACCGGAGAUAACACUUGCUGUUUCAUGUCAUUUGUGUUUGCAUCCUGCUGCGCCAUAAGCAUUUUGUCCGUGUACUUGCCUGUAUACCUGAUAUGUGGGAUGUAAACUACAAACAUGGUAACAUUCGAGGGUUACUAAAUUGUUAUUCUGAGAUCAGACUUAACAUAAUAUCAUCAAUAAUCAGUAAAAUCAGAUCAGCUCAGACUGAUGAUCUUCAUCUACACUUAGUUUUUUCAACAUAUUAAUAGUUUAAUGACACAUACUGGUUAGAAAGGUAUCACUCUGAAAAGCAAACAUUUUUGUAUUCCCUAAAAAGUAUGGAUUUUGGAAACAAGAAAACAGUAACAACGUGAAGGUGUAUGCAGCUGUUGCUGUUGCUUUUUUUUCCUGAAGGUGGCGCAGGUCAAACAUGAACUGCAGGUGUUAAACUGCUACAGCACUCAAACUGGAGAGUACAUGAGUCUGAGAACCUGGAUAUGUUAGCUUUAAGAAAAUCCACUCAAAGUCUGUGGGAUUAAUGAAGAUUUUGGUUUGAUGGCUGAAAUAAGGUCUGUGGUACCACAGUAGAAGACAUUUUAACAUUUUUAAGACAUAAAACACAUCUGGAAGUGAUCCAUUAGUGAAUCUCGAAACAUUUUCAUGUCUUGUUGAAUGAUAACAAAAGGUUAAUGAGGACUAUGGAGUUUAAACGCCAUCAUGCUGAACAUGUGAACUCAUCGUUUAGUUUGCCUUUACCCAAUGUGUGUUAGUGCUAAAACUACUCUGACUCAAGCUUUGCAGUUCAUUAAUCACACUAAGAAUGUGGUGAUGUUCACUUUUAAGGAUAAUCUUGAUGUAGGAAAAAUUCAAGUGUCACAACUUUUUUCACCACAGAUCUUAUUUUCAGCAAUAUUCUAAAAAAGGAUGCAUCAUAUUUAAUUUUUGUUGAUAUCUAAGCUGUGUUGUUUCCAAACUCAUUUUAGCCAGCAACAAUAUCAAUAUUGAGAUAUACACAAACUUUUAUUGCAAAAACAAUCCCCUCUUUCUUUUGUGAGAAUUGAUCCGUUAUUUAAUUUAACUCUCAUAGUUGAACAGCACGUUUGCACAUCCUAACAACGUGCUUGAAUUAAUACAAAAAAAUAAAAAUCUUCUACUUGCAAUUGAGUUUUUGAGCAAAUGCCGAUAUUGUUGUAUUGCAGAUAUGAUAUUGUACAUCCCUAUCUAAAAACCCAAGAUUUAAGGGGCAUGCAUGAUGCUAAUGUCCAGGUUGACCUACAAAAAUAAGUCAUUCCUGCAGCACUCUAAUGGUUGCACUUGUUUAUUUUCUACGGAGGCCCUCAAGAGAAAGAAAAGUUUCACCUGAAACUGCCAAAUCUUACUUCCAAACAUUCUAUUUUACUCAGUUUACUUGGUAUUAAGUGAAUUUUGCUUGUUUUCUCAAAGCUUGACAUAUUUGUAUCAUUAUCUUGAGAUAACAAUGCUGUUUUUUUCUGUGAUAAGCUAAUUUCCCAAGAUUUCAAGAAAAUGACUGUAGUCACUUCUUUAUCACUGAAAAGCUUGCACUGUUCUCCUGAGCAAACACAAUUAAUAGUAGCAGAGAUCUCAAGAAAACAGCUUAUGUGUACACAGUAUCACAGAAAAAGGGGAGUAGAAUAAGCUGUCUGGAUGUUUCUCCACUCAGGGCUUCCGUACAAAAGCAGCCUGUGCGCUUGAGGAAACUGGGUGCUUGUAAGGAGUUUUUCGUGUGCAAAAGAAAGUAUUGUGUGCACAUAUAAAUCUCUCUGUGAUACCUCUGGCUCACAAAAGACCAUUAAGUACACAAUAUUUUUUAGUGUUCCCAUAUGGGCGCAGUCCCUUCUCUGAGGAUUUCCUUGUCCCCUGAGGUUCUGAGUAAUUUUCUGUGCUUAGCAUCAGUGACACCGUGCUCCCUUUCGUCCUCAUACUGCAUCAAUUACUCGUAAAUAACCCUUGUUGUGAUUUUUAACAGUUAAUUUAUAAAUGCCUUAAGUGCAUUUAAAAAGCCAAAACACAAGCUGAUGGGGAAAGUAGCUGAAAGUGGGUUUCAUGCUGUUUAACACCUAUCUGAAGAAUUCUGGACGUUGUGUAUUUGUGCCAAAUUUGUUUUGGUUUGCUUUUUCAUACCGUGUGCGUGUGUGUGCCUGCUCAUUGAGUGAUUUGGUUGUAUUAUUUUUCUUUGUUUUGUUCUCUCUUGUCUUAAUUCAUUCGGCUGAAGAUUUCAGUUUUACUGCUAUUUUUUAUAGCUUUUGUUUUUUAAACUUCAUCCAGUCGUUUAGGAGUCUACUCAACAUUGUGGCUAGAGGGUGAAAUUACUGAAUGUCCAUCUCUCUUUUUUUUUUUCAUCUCGGUCUUCAUUUUAGAACAAGCAUUUCACAGUGGUUCAUUACAUUUGAUAAGCUAAUUUCCCGGAUUAAUCAGUCCAUCGUAACAACAGUCACUGAAUGUUCAAAGCUGUAAAUGUUGACCACACUAUACCCUCAAUGUUUCACUAAAAAAGUCAUACUUUUAUUACUUUUGAGGGGGUGUUAUUACACAGGAGGCCAUUUUUGUUGAUUUAUUCUCUCAAUAUCAUAUUUUUUUUUUGUUUUUUAUUGGACCAAUGUAUUGGUAAACCCAAAAAUUCAAGUCGUACUCAAAUUGGUAAGAUUCUGCACCAGCCCCAUGUGCACUCGUACAGCUUCUGAGACUGUAAAUGUACAAAAAUCACCUGUACGUACAGCUAAUGUAUAUAUUUAUCGCUCAAGGAGACGGCCACUUCUUGGUCUAAUCGGUUGUAUGGUGCAGUUAUUACUCUAUAUUUCUCAAGACUUAACCUGCUAGCCACUCCUGUUUUUAGUACGAUGUGGUUUGUGGCCUGAACCCCCUCUCUGUGUGCCUAAAAUUAGCCAAGAAAUGAGUAUGGCAACAUAAGUAAAUGGUGGUUAUUAUGUAAAUAUGGGAAACUAAUGACAAACUAUUUAUUAAA